CGCCCUCCCUGUGUACUUCUGAGUAAGCUGGUCGACUGGCUGGACGUCACCGAGACACGGCUGCGCCAGUCGGCAGCCGAGGAGACGGCACCACGCAGUUGGGACGACGUGAGGAGGGAGAUGCACACCUACCAGCGCUGGCGGAUGGAGCUGAGCCUGCGGCAGCCGGCGCUGGACCUGGUCAACCAGACGGUGGUGCAGGGCAGCGGGCUGGGGCCGCAGAGUGACCGUGGCCGCAGCAUCGCCCUGUCCGAGCAUCUGGGCGCCCUCAACCUGUGUGCUGGGAGAGGCUGGCACACCGCAUCGAAACCAGGGUGCAGGAGCUGGAGUUGGCGUUGGAGGCCUGGACUGAUCAUGGUGACGGUGUUGAGUCGUUGGUGGGCUGGCUGGGAUCACAGGCCAAGCACCUGAAGAACAGUCGGCAAGCCUGUAGCCACACUGCGGUGUCAGGCGCACUGACACACUGCCAGGAUCUCCGUGAGCUGUUGAAGGUGAAGGAGGUGGAGCUGGAGAGACUGAGACAGACUCUACCCCAAGGGGUGGAGCUGAAUCCCCCAGGGUCACCGACGGAGAUCGUGGAGACACUGGACCAGCUCCAGGAGUCGUGUGGCUGUCUGGCUGCUGAGGUAGUGCGGGUGGAAGUGCUGCUUCGGAGCCGGCAGCAGCUGUGGACCAGUUACCUGGAGAGCGAGCGGCAGGUGAAGGAGCUCACCCUGCGGGCCGGGUAUAUCGUGGAGCAGUGCUCACUGCUCUCCCACUGCCUGGAAACCGCCCAGCACCAGGAGCACAAGCUGCAGGAUCUGAGGAACAGCAUGGAGUGCGGGCAGGAGAUUCGGAGAAAGUUCCAGGAGGUUUCCCUGCGACUGCAGGAGGAAUGCGUCCCUGCACUGAGGGUGCGGCUGGAGCAGGAGGGACAGGAAGCCGAGCGGAGGUGGGCCUGCGUUGAACGGGACGUCUCAGAGGGGCUGCAGUCGGCGGCGGUAGAGCUGCAGCUCUGGAGGCGGUACGAUGCAGCAUUGAGCAGCAACCUGCAGGAGGUGCAAGAGGCCGAGCGACGGUAUGGGCCACUGCUCAUCUCCAUCACCAGCGGCCUCCGCACACCGGAGAUGCUGCAGACCCAGCGCAAGCUGACCCAGGAAUCAAUGGAUGAGCUGCGGAGGCUGCAAGAGGGAACCUCACUUGUCCGUGAAGCAGCAGACCAACUGGCCAGACGUCUAGACCCCUCGUCUGCAGCCGUUCACUCGGACGCUCAGCACUUGUCUGGACGAGUGACGUACCUGUUGGAGUUGCUGUCCCUGAAGGCGCAGGAGAUUGAGGUAGGACCACCCACAGCUCAUAGUCACAGAGGGGGGUUGAAGGUGAGAGGGGCAAGAUCUAUGUUCUGAUCAGUGGAUAUUACUUAUAGAUGAUCAUAGUUUACCUCCAGAUUCAGUGGCAGUUUCUUCCCAGCUGUUGUCAGGCAACUCGAGAUCCAUCCUGAGCUGCCAUCUACCUCUUUGGAGACCCUCGUACUAUCUUUAAUCGCACUCCACUGGCCAUUAUCUCGCACUAAACGUUAUUCCCUUUAACCUGUAUCUUUGGACGGCUUGAUUGUAAUCGUGUUUAGUUCAGUUUAGUUUAUUGUCACCUGUACCGAGGUACGGUGAAAGUGAUAGGAGCAGAAUUACACCAUUCGGCCCAUCAAGUGUACUCCGCCAUUCAAUCAUGGCUGAUCUAUCUCUCCCUCCUAACCCCAUUCUCCUGCC